CCUUAAGGAAAUAAAUAAUUCACAGCGUUCAGUGGCUGACGGAUGCCUACUGAAGCAUAUCCCGUUUGAACACUCGGAACUAGCGACUAUGGCGUGGGAUACAUAUCACUGCUGGCUCCUACCCGUGUGCAUCCUGCACAUAUUAUUCUGUGAACCAGUGUCAAGCAACUGGAGUGACUGGGCGCAAUGGUCCGAGGGACCGUGUUCUGUCACGUGUGGCCCGGGCAAGGGCGAGGUGACCAGAGCAAGGUUCUGUCAAGAUGCUGCAAAUAACUGCGUAGGUCCAAGAGUAGACAAGAGGAUGACAGAUUGCUGGUCCGAUGUUCCAUGUGGCGAACUGGAUUGCUACGAGUGUAAUGUCUUCAGAAACGGCAAGAUCACUCCCUGCUCGGAAGCGAAGGUGGUGAAGGGGUGCAAGGCGUGUAUGAAGUCCUUCACAAUGAUACGACUACACGACAGGGUGGGUUACACUCAAGACUCCAUUGUUGAAUCUCGACUGUGCGUACGAAUGACCGACGCCAAGAAGGUAUCAGAUGAGGGAUGUCACUAUCGCACUAGUAACGGUGGAUUCGGCGCUCUGUGUUACUGCCUCUCAGAUAAAUGUAACAGUGGAGAGCGGCAGGGUGCAUCUCUCGGUCUUAUUGUUUUGUUGGGGUGUGCUUGGACUUUGUGCAAAACGUUUAUGUUUGAUCAUUAGCUGCAGAUUUAUUUUCGGUCACGGGCGAUAAACAAGCACUUCACGUACUGCAGAUGUGAAAAUCGUUUAAUGACACAUAUUUAUGAAGUUAAAACGUGUUUACUUUUGUUUUAUGUUACAUUAAAAUGUUAAUAUUUAGUGUUCUGACAGGGAAAUAGUACUUAUUCUGUCAUAAUCUGUAACAGGACUUUAAUAUGGGUUUAUAAUUGGAUUUGAAUUUUAAUCUUAUAUUUUUCAGUAUUGUUUUAAGAAUAAAAUGCUCUUAUUACAACAAAGGAGAAAUGGUGUACAUAUAUUUUUACGAUCAGUUUUGUACUCAAGUACUUGUAUCAUAUGGCAGACGUGAGACUAUACCCGGUCGUCAUGUGUCGUCUAGGUUUGUUUGUUCAUGUAUACAUGCACCAAGGUCAACACUAACCAGCGUUAACCAGUCGGUACCGUGUGUUGUAUGGUACUCAAAAUAUUCACUUGACGUCGCAUCACUGAGUGUUGAUGAAAGGUAUAGAGACAUCGCAUGUAUUUGCAAACUAACGUUACUUGCAGGAACACACCGUGUGCAUGAUGCCCUAGUCUGUCUUACAGACCCUGAUACAAAUAUAUAUCAAAUACAGCCCAUGUAAGUCUAUAAUGUUUGGCAAGUCUAGAUUACUGCAGUAUCAGUCUGAAAAUGAAGAUAGUCACUGGGCUCCCUUUUAUUAUAUUUUUAUUAAGAUAACUGAACAACUGUUUUUUUCUGUACGAUAUGUUCAUUUCAGAGACUAGAUGUUAGUCUAAUGAUGCCCUUAUCAAGCACAUAACCAUCGUAUACCCAUUUCAUUUUUAUUAUAUUUUAGCUACCAUCAAUCAUGGGUGUAUGCUUUCUUUUACCCGACAGGUUACUUGCCCAAACUCGACAAUAAAUACGCGAUGAGGUCAUCUGCAUGUCUUCAUUAUGUAUCUGCAGUUUAGGUGAUUUGAGCUUUAUAUGCAUAUUCUACAAACUAUUACUGGUCGUCAAUCUGGCUUUGAUCUACAACCCUAUCAUUGAUAUAAUCAACGAUUGUGUGUAACGUACCUCCCGUUUCAGUGUUCUCCUUUGCAACGAAUAAAUCAAAUUAUGCAUGCUAAACUAUGGAAUACUGUAAGGGACAUUCUCGCGAUCUCGACCUUUGGAAACGAGGUAAAUAUGCCCAAAACACGAUUAUGACCAAAUCUCGCCUUCUCGCGAUCUCGCAUUCUCGUGUUUUGGGCAUAUUUAGCUCGUUUCCAUAGGUCGAGAUCGCGAGAAUGCGAGAUCGCGAGAAUGUCCUUUACAAUAUUCCAUACUAAACACUUUGUUUUGAAGAAAAAAGAUCUUGCCGCGUAUUGUAAUUAACACCAACGUGUUCGCCUUUGUACAUUUCAAUACACGAACAAUACACACAUGCAUCAACACGUCUUACAUUAGCUUAUAUUGUAUAUUGACAUGCUAUCAUUAGCGUUCUAAGUGAUUUUUAGAAAACGGUGCUAUUUUUGCUAAAAUAUUGUAUUGGACCUGACACGGUUUCACUAAUUUUUUUUUAUUAAAUGUCCUCGAAAGUAGGGGGUGGACAAUUAAACACAUACAAUUAUUGUACUUGUGAUUUGUCAACCGUAAUUGAUAUAGUGAAUAAAAAAAUCUCUUUUUGGA